GGGCGGCCACGGCUUGGCGAGCGUUUUCUCGACAUCCCUCUCUCGCUGCUAUUGCAGCUCUCCUGCUUCCCUCCCCGCCCCUCCUGGGCGGAGGGAGGGGUUCGCCGGGCCGGCGGGGCCACUGAGGAGAGAGCGGGCGGGUAGCUGAGGGAGCGGGCGAGCGGGGUUGCAGCGGCGGCUCUUAUUGCAGCGGUGCCCCCGGGGCGCUCCUCAACAUGACCGGCCUAGGGUUCGGACUGAUAAGCUGUGCCUUAUUUCUGGGUGUGAAUGGCUUAUAUUCCUCCAGUGAUGAUGUGAUAGAACUGACUCCUUCCAAUUUCAACCGUGAAGUUAUUCAGAGUAACAGUUUGUGGCUUAUAGAAUUCUAUGCUCCAUGGUGUGGUCAUUGCCAAAGGUUAGCACCAGAAUGGAAGAAAGCAGCAACUGCCUUAAAAGAUAUAGUGAGAGUUGGUGCAGUUGAUGCAGAUAAACAUCAGUCCCUAGGUGGACAAUAUGGAGUCCAAGGAUUUCCCACUAUUAAGAUCUUUGGAUCCAACAAAAAUAGACCAGAAGAUUACCAGGGUGGUAGAACUGGUGAAGCUAUAGUAGAUGCUGCUCUUAAUUCUUUACGACAACUGGUAAAAGAACGCCUUGGUGGAAGAAGUGGUGGAUAUAGUUCUAGUCGAAGUGAAGGUUCAGGCAAGAAGGAUGUGAUUGAACUGACAGAUGACACUUUUGAUAAAAAUGUGCUUGACAGUGAUGAUGUUUGGUUGGUGGAGUUUUAUGCUCCUUGGUGUGGACACUGCAAAAACUUAGAACCAGAAUGGGCAGCUGCAGCCACAGAAGUAAAGGAACAGACAAAAGGAAAGGUGAAGCUAGCUGCUGUAGAUGCUACAGUCAAUCAGGCAUUGUCUUCCCGAUAUGGGAUUGGAGGAUUUCCCACAAUCAAGAUUUUCCAGAAAGGAGAACCACCAAUGGAUUAUAAUGGUGGGAGGACAAGAUCUGACAUAGUUUCCAGAGCUCUAGAUUUAUUUUCUGAUAAUGCCCCGCCACCUGAGCUUCUUGAGAUUGUUAAUGAAGCCGUGGCAAAAAAAACUUGUGAAGACCACCAGCUCUGUGUAGUUGCUGUAUUGCCUCAUAUCCUUGAUACUGGAGCAGCAGGCAGAAAUUCUUACUUAGAAGUUCUACUAAAGUUGGCAGAGAAAUACAAAAAGAAAUUGUGGGGGUGGCUGUGGACGGAAGCUGGAGCUCAGCAUGAGCUUGAAACUGCACUGGGAAUUGGAGGUUUUGGGUACCCUGCAAUGGCAGCUGUCAAUACACGGAAGAUGAAAUUUGCUCUUUUGAAAGGAUCUUUCAGUGAGCAAGGAAUCAAUGAGUUUCUCAGAGAGCUUUCUGUUGGCCGUGGCUCCACAGCACCAGUAGGUGGUGGUGUUUUCCCUAAAAUAAGCACAGUAGCCCCCUGGGAUGGCAAAGAUGGUGAGCUUCCCAUUGAAGAUGAUAUUGACCUCAGUGACGUAGAACUUGACGACUUAGGAAAAGAUGAGUUAUGAGCUAUGACAUAUACUUCUUGGGAGCGGAUUUUUCCAGCAGUGGUGGAACAUCCUUUGCAAUCAAAUGGAUAUACCAGUGGCCUUUUAAAAAAACUGAAGCAGCAUUGUUUGGUCGUUUGAAACACUGUAACAGUGAACUGUUUGCAUCUCAAGAAAAACAUUGAAAAAUUCUAUGAAUUGUUGUUAACCAGUGAAUUUGAUUGUAUUCUGUCAAAUAAUAUUUUGAAGAUAAUUUUUUUGUUGCUGUUAAAAAAAAUUUUUCCAUCCCAACUAUGCUGUUUGUAGGUUCUUUAAGGCUGUUACUUUACUAAGUUUUUAACUGUGAUUUUUUCAUCAUUUGAACACAAUGCUUUGUUCCAGUUACAGAAUAAAAACAAAGUAUUUUUGACAGUGCCUAUCAUGUAUGAAAACAAGUCCACAUCACACAAAGUUUAAUUCAGGGUUUCAGGCAUAAGUCCUCACAUGAAAAUAACCUUUGGGUUUCUUUCCUCCCUUCUCUAGGUGAAUAGUAAUAAUAUAUAUGUAUAUAUUUCUUUUUGAACAUUUGGGAAGAUGUAGCUUUCUCUGGCUUCCUUUCCCCUUACCAUCUUUUUUUGUUUGUUUUCCCUGGGUCUGUUUUCAAAUUUCUCUUAAUCAUAUUAUCUUUGUAAACUAAAUGCCUACAGUAGUAAGGACCCCUUCCUUGUAGCACUUUUAUGGGAUAUGUAUGCUCUUGAGCAGAAUUAGGGACAAAGCAUUUUGGAAAGCCAGGCAAAACUUGUCACAUACUGUUUUUAAAGUGCUCCUUGUGCCUGAAGCAGCCACCUAUCUCCUUUGCUUGAGAGUAGGUUUUAAUCAAUUGCUGGUUCAGGACUUCAUUUCCAACCUACUGCGCUUGGUUUUAGGCCCCAUCAAAUGAAUAUCAGGGAACAGAACCCAGGUAUAUAGCUAGGCAAUAAGUUUCCAAAUGUUUGUUAAAUGGCAUGAUGUACCCCAUUUGUAAUAGUCUUUUUAAGGCAUGGAACUGAUACUUAGGCCCUACUUACUUAGGACCUGGACUCUUCAACGUUGGCAAAUUGUAUUUUAGACUUUGGGGCAGAGAAUAGAACUAUUAGACUAAGUACAAAACAGUUGUAAUUAUUUUACAUGUUUGUACAUAUAAUGCCUUGAAUAUGUGUAAAAUUAUCUUUAGAAAAGGGUGACUAGGUGUUUAGUUUUUAAUUAUGUGUAAAUUGAAGUAAAAAAUACUUCAUUCAAAGACUAUGGGAGCUUUUUAUUGUAACUUACAAAAAAUAAAUACAACCAUAACUAA